AUGCUAAGGCAAGGCCCUUUCCUUCUCCUGGCUGCGUCCAUGUCGUAUUUCAACCCGGAGAAAGCUUUGGCAGCGCCUUCGGAAAAUGAUGGAUUAUCUCAGGGCCGGGCUCCCCUGGCCCCUCCCUAUGCUGUGGUUCUGAUCUCCUGCUCAGGCUUGUUGGCCUUUAUCUUCCUCCUCCUCACCUGUCUGUGCUGCAAGAGAGGUGAUGUGGGUUUCAAGGAAUUUGAGAACCCUGAUGGAGAAGAAUACUCUGGAGAGUAUACACCACCUGCAGAGGAGACAUCUUCCUCCCAAUCCAUCCCAGAUGUCUACAUUCUGCCUCUUUCUGAGGUUUCACUCCCAUCUUCCAAUCAACAGAUGCCCAAAACAGAUUUAGUGAAACACUUGGGUCUCAGUAGACAACACCUCAGUUAUCUGCAGGAGAUUGGAAAUGGCUGGUUUGGAAAAGUAAUUCUGGGUGAAAUAUUCUCAGAUUUCACCCCUGCACAGGUGGUGGUGAGGGAGCUGCGUGUAAGUGCCGGACCGCUAGAGCAGAGGAAGUUCUUGUCAGAGGCCCAGCCUUAUCGAAGCCUCCAGCACCCAAAUAUACUACAGUGCCUCGGCUUGUGCACAGAAACUAUACCCUUCCUCCUGAUCAUGGAAUUCUGCCAACUGGGAGAUCUGAAACGUUACUUGCGAGCUCAACGCAAAGCAGAUGGAAUGACUCCUGAUUUACUGACACGCGAUCUUAGUACAUUGCAGCGCAUGGCUUAUGAAAUCACGCUGGGAGUGCUACACUUGCAUAAAAACAAUUACAUUCACAGUGAUCUGGCACUUCGGAACUGUUUGCUGACCUCAGAUCUCACAGUGAGGGUUGGGGAUUAUGGCCUGUCACACAACAACUACAAGGAAGAUUAUUAUAUCACUCCGGACCGGCUCUGGAUCCCUUUGCGUUGGGUUGCCCCAGAAUUGUUGGAUGAGAUGCAUGGAAAUCUCAUUGUUGUGGAUCAGACCAAGGAGAGCAAUGUUUGGUCAAUGGGGGUGACCAUCUGGGAACUGUUUGAAUUUGGCUCCCAGCCUUACCGGCAUCUUUCCGACGAGGAGGUGCUGACUUUUGUCAUCAAGGAACAGCAGAUGAAACUGGCCAAACCUCGCCUUAAGCUUCCUUACUCAGACUAUUGGUAUGAGGUGAUGCAAUCAUGCUGGCUACCAGCUUUUCAUCGCCCAACUAUGGAAGAGCUGCAUUUGCAGGUGAGCUACCUGUUGAAUGAGCGCUCCAAUGCUCAGGCAGAGGAGAGUUUUGAGUGGCGCUGGAGUGCCCUGAAACCCAUGCGUUCCUCUUCCCCACCACCAGCCUCCUCUUCUUCAGCACGUCAUCACUGCCCAUCAGAAGAGAUCUCAGCCUAUCCACUCCUGGAUGGAUUCCAUGGUGGAGACAUGGAUGACAUCCUGACCGUGACUGAAAGCAGUGGAGGGCUGAACUUUGAGUAUAUGUGGGAGAAGGCCCGGCUGGGUCGAUGGAAGGGCCCUGCCUCAGCACCACCUGAGUACCCCUCCAGCAAUGGUGGGCUAGCUGUGCCUGGCAGCAACCCUUUCUAUGAACAGGCAGUACAUCGUGGACACAGUCUGGAGACACCCAGCGUUGUGCCUGUAAUCAGCGCCCGCAGCCCUUCCGUCAGCAGUGAAUAUUACAUUCGCCUGGAGGACCACGGUAGUGGAGAAGGGCCAGUCUGUGCCCCCAGCCCUGGUUCAGCAUCACAGCCCCUCUUUCCCUCUGAUUGGGAUUGCCACAAUGCCCCUCUUCGGCCAUCAGAGCAGUCCAAUACUAACCCUUUCUUGACUGGGGGCAGUGGUGAAAGCAAUCCUUUCCGUGUUGAUGGUGAAAUCCAAGAGACAUCACUGACAGAGACACCAACCACAGAGAGUGAAGCAUUCCUUGCAGAAUCCUUGCUCACUGUGUAUCGUGAGUUGGAGGAUCAGCAGCGUAGCUGGGAUGCUGAAAUGAUGGAAGAACGAGGGGCAGGGGAGACUCUUGCUGGGGACCCUUCAGAGUUCCAGGGGUCACCUUCCUGGGAGCAGGAACCUUCUCUGAUGGAGGACCACAGUUCUGGUAGUAGCACUGAUGAUGGAGGAAGCAGCAUUGGAGGAGGGCGGCGCAAACUUCUGCCCUGUCCCCUGUGCACUCGGGCCCGUUGCACAUGUGCCAUCCCUCGAGGGGAUGUGGUAAGCAGUUGGAGCAAUCAUGGCCCACCUUUGAGGCGUCCUCACCGGGAUAGCUAUGGCACUGAGGAUGACUCUUCACUCAAAGUGGAGCGGGGCUCCUUAUCUGACUGUUCUAUAGUACCUCCUAGAGACUGUGAUGGAGAUACUGGGGAGCACAGUGAAUUUUAUGACCCACUUAUGGGCACAGCUGUGAAGACCUAUGAACUUCAAGAUUACCCAAAGCAGAGAGGUGGGGGAAACAUCCGUCCACCUGGGUCACCCUUUCCAACUAUGUCUUCCGGGUGCUGCAAUGUGAUUGUCCCUGUAGAGAUACCACCAUUAUCCACUCUAGCUGAGACUAAUGAUGAGGAGACUAUUGCAAUUCUCCCAGAAGCUGUUGAUGGAUUUUCAGCUGGCCCUGCAACCCUGAGCCUCUCCCCAGCAGCACCUGAUCGGCAAAGAGGAACUCUAGACUCUGUAGAUUCCUUGGACAUUCCUUCUAAUACCAGUUCCUCAGAUGUCUGCAGCCCAGCCUCCCACUACUCCUCUCCAGGACAAAAAUUUGGGGACAGCGGUUAUGAAACAGAGAACACUUUUUCACCUGAGUUUAUAUUUAAAGAGGAAUCACUUCCCUCACCUUCUGGAGAAGAGGAAGAAAUAGAGACAGAAGAUGAUCCUGGCAAACUGCCAGCAACACCCAUCUCUCAGUCCACUAGCGAUCUUACACUCUCAGUAAGUGAAGAAGGGACUGAACUUGAAGAAGAAGUAGGCAGGAGCUUGGGGCUUACAACCCCUCACCGUGAUUCUGCUUACUUCUCUGAUGGGGAGGCCGAAUCCUCUGAGGCACCUGUUAUAACCAGAACUGAAGAAGAAAAGCCUUCAGAGAAGACAAUUGUUGAGGGUGGCUUUGUGGUUCAGGUGUGCAAAGAACAGUUGUUGGUCACACUGCAAGAGAAUGUCACACGGAAUCUACUUUGUAGCCAGAAGGUGCCAAAAUUGGGAUUUUCACCAAUUGCCUCCUUAAAAGAUCAGGCCAUUGUCAAGCUUUGGAGCCUGGAGCCAGAAGAGACACAGCAAACUGGGGAAGAGGAAGAGGAAAGAGGAGGGGAAGAAAGAGAAGAAAGAGAAAGAGAGGAAGAAGAGAAUAAUGAAAAAAGCCACCUUGAGGAAACAGUGCAUUUCCAGUGGUCAGAAAGUGUGGAAGAUAAAGCAGAAGAAGAAGAGGAAGAGGAGGAAGAAGAAAAGCAGCAACAGAAGGAAGGAACUGGAGAAUCUGAAGAGAAGCAGCUUGAAUGGAAAGAAGAAGAAAGGAAGGAAAGAGAGAAAGCUAUCCAUACUGAGAUCCAAAGUGAACCCAUCGCCAACGUGGAACAACCACAAGAUCUUCAGGAAGACACUUAUGUAGCAAAUGACCAGUUUAAAAAGGAGCAAGAGCUUGUGGUCCCUGUGAAUCAAGCCAGUGAAGAUAUUAAAGCCAAGCUAUCCCGUUUGUCUCUGUCACUGCCACCACUGGCUUUGCAGACGUUUCCCCCACCUGGUGGAGCAAGGAAAGGACCAUUUUGGGAAGGAACCACUUUGGGGGAGGGUCCGGCUCUGGGAGGGAGAGAAGUUUCCCUAGGAGCAGAAGAGGAAGAGGAAGAGGAUGCUGAAGAAGACGAGGAAGGAGGCUUGGCUGGAAGCGGAACGAGGGGUGUGCCCAUUGUGGUGAGUGAAAGCGAUGAUGCCCGUAACUUGCGUGGUCUUCUCAAGUCACCCCGCUCAGCGGAAGAGGCAGCGGCUGAGUUUGACCGCAAGCGGAAGAUGGUCUCCUUCUUUGAUGAUGUCACCGUCUACCUCUUUGAUCAGGAGACACCAACCAAUGAACUGAGUUCACAGGGAGCCCCCGAUGGUGAUGCCCCUUCUCCUGGCUCAGCAGCCGAACCGGGACUUGAUGCUUUCCCACCAGCUGAUGGCUUCAGUGGCAGUUUUGAAUGGGAUGAUGAUUUCCCCCUCAUGGCUCAGAACCCUUCCUACGUCUCCAUGGUGUCAGACCCCAGCACAGCCCAGUCACACCCAGUCCUUUCUUCACCGGUACCCAUGACACCUGCCUUGCUGCCAUCAGCUAAGCGGACUGAGUCCAGCCUCGUGGACACCCUGAGAUUCUCUCGCUUCACUGUUUCUCCUGCCCUAGAGCCACAUCGGCCUCCAUCCUGUGAUACUGAAUUGGUACCCACAGCUGCUGAGUGUCUUCCACGUCUGGGUGUUCAAUACAUCUGGAAGACACCAGUCUUAAAACUAAUGCCUGUGUUGGUCAAGAAUAAUGGAUGUUGUCAUCCUAACGUAUAUGGAGUGCUUCUUGGCGGGAAAGAUGGUUUUGAUCAUUCUUCAGCCUGCAAAAGGCAUAUUAUGUUGGUUUUCAGCCUGUUAGAAGCAGCCAGGAUAGACCAAGUUGAAUGA